UACAGUACACUUUCCACAUUCCACAUUUACAGGAGAGAGAAAAUAAAAAUAUGAGAGAGGCGCUGUUAGCAGUCUCUGAGAAUAGUCUUUCGUUUCGCAGCGAUUCGGGUAUGCCGGGUCUAGGGUUCCUCUGAAACAUCUCUCCUUUUUCUUUCAGAAAUUACUGGGACUAGGGUUUGAAUUUGGUCGAGGAAGUGUGGAGUUUUGGAAAUAAAUAACAAUGACUUGGUUUAGAGCUGGAUCUAGUGUUGCGAAGCUUGCAAUUAGGAGAACUCUGUCGAAGGGUGGAUCCUAUGCUGCACGAUCGCGGGUCAUCCCUGCCCAAAAUCAUUAUUUUCAUACAACAGUUUUCAAAUCAAAGGCACAAGCGGCACCUGUGCCUCGCCCUGUGCCGCUUUCUAGGUUGACUGAUAGCUUCUUAGAUGGGACGAGCAGUGUAUACCUAGAGGAGCUCCAGAGGGCUUGGGAGGAGGAUCCCAACAGUGUUGAUGAGUCAUGGGACAAUUUCUUUAGGAACUUUGUUGGGCAGGCAGCCACAUUGCCUGGAAUCUCCGGCCAAACCAUUCAAGAGAGCAUGAGGUUGUUGUUGUUUGUGAGGGCUUACCAGGUUAAUGGUCACAUGAAAGCUAAGUUAGACCCGUUGGGUUUGGAGGAACGGGAAAUUCCUGAUGACUUAGAUCCAGCUCUUUAUGGGUUCACAGAUGCUGAUCUUGAUCGGGAAUUCUUUCUUGGCGUAUGGAGGAUGUCUGGGUUUUUGUCUGAAAACCGUCCCGUGCAAACCCUGAGAGCAAUAUUGACCCGGCUUGAGCAGGCUUACUGUGGGACCAUUGGUUAUGAAUACAUGCACAUUGCUGAUCGUGAUAAAUGUAACUGGUUGAGAGACAAAAUUGAAACUCCAACACCAAUGCAGUACAAUCGGCAGCGUCGUGAGGUUAUGCUUGACCGACUCAUAUGGAGCACACAGUUUGAGAACUUCUUGGCCACUAAGUGGACAGCAGCGAAGAGGUUUGGCCUUGAAGGUGCUGAGACUUUAAUUCCCGGCAUGAAGGAGAUGUUUGACAGGGCAGCUGAUCUUAGGGUUGAGAGUAUUGUUAUUGGAAUGUCACACAGGGGAAGAUUGAAUGUUCUGGGUAAUGUUGUUCGGAAGCCACUACGACAGAUCUUCAGUGAGUUUAGUGGUGGGACGCGGCCUGUGGAUGAAGUUGGGCUUUACACAGGAACUGGUGAUGUCAAGUAUCACCUGGGAACUUCGUAUGAUCGGCCAACUAGGGGUGGGAACAGAAUUCAUUUGUCUUUGGUUGCAAACCCAAGUCACUUGGAAGCUGUAGAUCCAGUUGUUGCUGGGAAAACUAGAGCAAAACAAUAUUAUUCAAAGGAUGUGGAUAGGACAAAGAAUGUGGGUAUUUUAAUUCAUGGGGAUGGUAGCUUUGCGGGACAAGGUGUGGUAUAUGAGACCCUUCAUCUUAGUGCACUUCCAAAUUACACUACUGGGGGUACUAUACACAUUGUGGUGAACAAUCAAGUCGCCUUCACUACGGAUCCAAUGUCCGGAAGAUCUUCUCAAUAUUGUACCGAUGUUGCCAAAGCCUUGAAUGCCCCCAUCUUUCAUGUCAAUGGUGAUGAUUUGGAGGCAGUUGUUCAUGUUUGUGAACUUGCAGCAGAGUGGCGCCAGACAUUCCAUUCAGAUGUUGUAGUUGAUAUAGUGUGUUACCGUCGAUUUGGUCACAAUGAGACUGAUGAGCCGUCUUUCACACAGCCCAAAAUGUACAAGGUCAUCCGGAAUCACCCCUCUGCACUUGAGAUUUACCAAAAGAAACUUCUAGACUCUGGUCAGGCGACAAAGGAAGACAUUGAUAAGAUACAUAAAAAGGUCAAUACAAUCCUCAAUGAAGAAUUCUUGGCCAGCAAAGAUUAUGUUCCAAAAAGAAGGGACUGGCUUUCAGCUUAUUGGCUGGGAUUCAAGUCCCCAGAACAGCUUUCACGUGUCCGAAACACUGGGGUCAAGCCAGAGAUUUUGAAGAAUGUUGGCAAAGCAAUCACAACCCUUCCAGAUGGUUUUAAACCCCACAGAGCAGUGAAGAAGAUAUUUGGUCAUCGAGCACAGAUGAUUGAAACUGGGGAGGGCAUUGAUUGGGCAGUUGGUGAAGCACUUGCUUUUGCUACAUUGCUCGUAGAAGGAAAUCAUGUCAGGUUGAGUGGUCAGGAUGUCGAGAGAGGUACUUUCAGUCACAGGCAUUCUGUACUACAUGAUCAAGAAACCGGGGAGAAGUACUGUCCUUUAGACCAUGUUAUCAUAAACCAAAAUGAGGAGUUGUUUACUGUCAGCAACAGCUCUCUUUCUGAGUUCGGUGUUCUGGGAUUUGAAUUGGGUUAUGCGAUGGAAAAUCCAAAUGCAUUGGUAAUGUGGGAAGCCCAAUUUGGUGAUUUUGCUAAUGGAGCUCAGGUGAUUUUUGAUCAGUUUUUGAGCAGUGGGGAGGCAAAGUGGUUACGUCAAACUGGGCUUGUUGUCCUGCUACCUCAUGGUUAUGAUGGCCAAGGGCCUGAACAUUCAAGUGCACGGUUGGAGCGUUUCCUUCAGAUGAGUGAUGAUAAUCCCUUUGUCAUACCGGAGAUGGAUCCAACACUUCGAACGCAGAUCCAAGAAUGUAAUUGGCAAGUUGUGAAUGUGACAACUCCUGCAAAUUAUUUCCAUGUUCUGCGGCGUCAAAUACACAGGGAAUUCCGUAAGCCUCUCAUUGUGAUGUCCCCAAAGAACUUGCUUCGGCACAAGGACUGCAAAUCCAAUCUAUCUGAAUUUGAUGAUGUCCAAGGUCACCCAGGUUUUGACAAACAAGGAACCAGAUUUAAGCGUCUUAUAAAGGACCAGAACGACCACUCAGAUCUCGAGGAGGGUAUCAGACGUCUCGUUCUUUGUUCUGGAAAGGUUUAUUAUGAGCUCGAUGAGGAGAGGAGGAAAGUUGAAGGAAAGGACAUUGCAAUAUGUAGGGUGGAACAGCUUUGCCCCUUCCCAUAUGACCUCAUCCAGCGUGAGCUGAAGCGAUAUCCAAAUGCGGAGAUCGUUUGGUGCCAGGAAGAGGCAAUGAACAUGGGUGCAUACAGUUACAUAGCACCCCGCCUUAGCACAGCGAUGAAAGCACUGGGCAGGGGUGGAAUGGAUGAUAUAAAAUAUGUUGGUCGGGCUCCUUCUGCCGCCACAGCCACUGGGUUCUAUCAGAUGCACGUGAAGGAGCAGACAGAACUGGUUCAGAAAGCUAUGCAGCCUGAACCUGUCAGUUAUCCUUGAUUUGGAAAAUUCUUCAGUGAAAUUCUUCUGCGUUUUUAAAGAAAGACACUUGAUACUAAUUUUAUUUUCUUUCAUAAUUUCCUCUCGCACAAAAUGAAUUUGUGCUUCCUGAUAAAUAUAUGUGAUCUCAGGGACUACUUAAAAAGGAUGUGUCUAGGAAUAAAAUUUUGCUAGUGGAAUUCAUCUAUGGGGAAUUUUAUUGGCAUGCAUCUCAGGAACAACAUAAUCUAGUUGUAUUUUUGAGUGGAUUUGUUUGUGCUUUUGCUAGAGCGCUAUUUUAUUUAUUUUUUAUUUGGGUAAA